UUGACAAUUACAUUAAUUAUUUUAUUGUUUUAGUCUAACCUAUUUUUAAUGAUUUGGUGCUAUAUAAGAAGACGAUAAUUAAGUUUACUUGGAUAAAUUAAUUUAAGACCACAAUGAGCUUUUUAUUUGGGAGUCGAUCUAAUAAAACUUUUAAGCCUAAAAAAAAUAUCCCUGAGGGAACACAUCAAUAUGACUUGAUGCGACAUGCUGCCGCCACACUCGGCUCAGGCAAUCUGAGGCUAGCUGUCAUGCUUCCCGAAGGGGAGGACCUCAAUGAGUGGGUUGCAGUCAACACGGUUGACUUCUUCAACCAGAUAAACAUGCUGUACGGCACCAUCACGGAGUUCUGCACGGAAGAGUCGUGUGCGGUGAUGUCGGCCGGCCCCAAGUACGAGUACCACUGGGCCGACGGACACACCGUCAAGAAGCCCAUCAAGUGCUCCGCGCCCAAAUACAUCGACUACCUCAUGACCUGGGCCCAGGAUCAGCUCGACGACGAAACCCUCUUCCCUUCCAAAAUAGGCGUGCCCUUCCCUAAGAACUUCCUGUCGAUGGCGAAGACGAUCCUGAAGCGGCUGUUCCGCGUCUACGCGCACAUCUACCACCAGCACUUCCCCGAGGUGGUGCAGCUCGGCGAGGAGGCGCAUCUCAAUACCUCCUUCAAGCAUUUCAUCUUUUUCGUACAGGAGUUCAACCUCAUAGAGCGGCGCGAGCUGGCGCCGCUGCAGGAGCUCAUCGAGAAACUGACGGCCAAGGAGGCGCGAUGAGCCCCCCACGCAAGAUGCUCGCAUUAUGCACUCUCUUUAUUUAUGGAUUAUAUUUUUUUAAUGAAAUGAUUGACUUGAUUGACGUCAUAAAUUGUAAUACGUAGCUACAUUUUAAGUAGGUAAAAAAUAUUUUGUAUUUCAUUAUAUAAAUCUUUUUGUUUAUAUCUUUUGAAUACAUUUGUACAUUAAUGAGAUGCCGACGCACCAAUACAUUGUUGUAAUCUGACAAAUAACACAUAAUGUUCGAUUGCAACUCUUCACUUUUCAAAUACGAAAAUGCUUUUCCCCGACCAAAUGAAAGCCUACUUAGUUUAUGAGAAUAUUGUGUCGAUGUUCCUCAAGCGACGUGUAGUUAUUAGUUAGCCAUGCGAUUGUUAGCUGCACACGGGCGGGGGGUGCGCCGGGCGGGGGGCGCGCCGGGCCCG